AUGAAAAAUUUGCUUGUUUUACCUCCUAAUUUUUGUGCAGAAUAAGGCGCUUGCGCUUUUGUGAAUCCAUUUACUUCUUACGCUUUAAUAUAAAGAGCUUUAUCCUAUAAAAGUAAAGGUGUAUUAAAUUUAGCUGCUAAUAGUUCAUUAGGACAUAUGGUGAAUAAAUUAAGUAAAUAUUUUGGACUAAACUGUUUGAAUGUAAUUAGAGGAAACUAAAAUCGUGUUGAUGAAAUGAAAAAAUAAUUCGAAAAUGAAUUCGUAAUUUCAUAAGAUUCCUAGGACUUUUCAAAUCAAAUAAAAUAACUUUCUGAGUAAUUAAGUAUCAAUAUCUGUUUUGAUCCUAUAGGAGGAAGUAUUACAGGACAAGUAUUUAACAAUUUGCCAUAAAAAAGUGUAGUUAUUAUUUACGGAUCUUUAAGUGGAAAAGAUAUUGAAGGAAUAAAUGGAGUGUAAGUUAGAUGGGGUUAAAAAAGAUUAGAAGGACUAACGGUUAUUAAUUGGAUGAAUGAAUAAAGAGAAUAGGAUUUGGAAAAAGCUAAAGAGUUUAUUAAAAAUAAUUUAGAUACUAUUUUCAAGACAAAAAUUUAUAAAGCUUAUUCUUUCAAUGAUGUUUAAGAUGCAAUUUAAGAAUGUAUUAAAAUUGGAGGCGGACAAGGUUAUUUCGGUAAAACUAUAAAAGAGACAUUAGCAAUUUCAGCCUUAACCGCCCGAGAAGAAAUUUAAAAUAUAGUCAGAUAACAUAAUGCAUGGAUAGAAGAUCGUUAAUUAUACUUAGUUAUGGAAUACUGUGAUCAUAAUUUAUCUGAUAUAUCUAAAAAUAUACCAGUUUAUAAAUAAAGCAUAUUUUUUUAGAUAUUCUUAAAGGACUCCAUUAUCUGCAUUCUUAAAAUCUAGUGCAUCUAGACUCAGUUGAAGCCUGAAAAUAUGCUUUAUCACUCAAAAUAAAAUAAAUUUAAAAUCGCGGAUUUCGGUCUUACAUUAGUUUCUCAUAAAGAUUAAUUGUAUUCGAAUAUUCAAGAAGGCGAUUCACGUUAUAUUGCACAAGAAUUACUUAAUUAUUAGGCUGAAAUCGACCUUAAAAAAGCUGAUAUUUAUUCUUUAGGAAUAUCUAUUUACUAAUUACUUAUAGGAGAAAAUUUGCCUUUAAAUGGGGAAGAAUGGAUUGAGUUGAGAGGAAAUAUUAAUGGAAACAUUAUCGAUUAAAAAUUAAAAAACUAAAAUAAAGAAUUAGUUCAUAUUAUUAAAUAAAUGAUGCAUUCGGAUCCUGAAAUGAGGCCUUCUACUUAAGAAAUUUUAGACUCUAUUUAUUUCAAGACGGAAUUAUUAAACGAAAUUAAAUGGCAAAAAAUUAAGAAAAACAACCUAGAAAACGAAAUACAAAAUUUAAUAAUUAAAAACUCAAUUAAAAGAAACAAUUCAUUAUGA